UAAGAUCUUUUGGCUUUUUUCUUGAUUUCUUGCUGGAAUAUUUGUUUUUUUGUGGAAUAAUCGUAUGGGGUGGGUUAUUUGGGAAACAUUAUUAUUUGGUAAUUGCGCAAGGUUGUCUUCUUACUCAUAAACAAAGGGUCUCUUGAUUUACCUUUGGAGAACUACCCAAGUAAAAAGUUGGGAUAACUGCACGGGUUGUUGGUUUCAGAUUAAGUCCAGAAAGAAUGGCAGAGGAUGGGCACAAAGUUUCCUUGAAUGUGUAUGAUUUAAGCCAGGGGCUUGCUCGCCAGCUUUCAACGACCUUCCUGGGGAAAGCUAUCGAAGGCAUUUGGCAUACAGGGGUGGUUGUGUAUGGGAAUGAGCACUAUUUUGGCGGCGGUAUCCAACACUCACCAGCUGGAACCACACCAUAUGGGACUCCAGUGAGGGUUUUCGAUUUGGGGGUUACCCAUGUUCCCAGAGAGCUUUUCGAGGAAUACUUGCAAGAGAUAAGCCCACGAUACACUGCUGAAACCUACAGCUUGCUCACUCAUAACUGCAACAACUUCAGCAAUGAGGUUGCUCAGUUCUUAGUUGGAAACACCAUCCCAGAAUACAUUCUUCAGCUGCCUAAUGAAGUUUUGAACAGCCCUAUGGGUGCCUUGAUACUGCCUAUGAUCCAACAAUUAGAGUCCACUCUCAGAGUAGGGGGUGUUCCCCAACCUCCCCGAUUCCAGCCUUCCCAAUCACUGGCCCCACCAUCGAGCCAAACCAAUGAGAGGCAACAACCAACUGCACAAGCACCCACAAAAGAACAAACAUCCACGAAAGAGCCAGCAUCGAAUUCAAGUGGUGGUUCUGAGAAAUCGCCAGAAUCAAGCAAGGGAGUUGAGAAAGAGAAUAUUAGACCAAAGGCAGCAGAAGUAAAGGACGAAGACAAUGAAAAUGUGAAAGACCCAUUAGGGGAUGCGAGGAGCCGGGUGCAAGAAGAGAUUAAUAGAGAAUUUGCAGCUCUCAUGGCAAGUGGGAACUUGAGAGCGAGUGAGGCAGCUGCACUUGCAAUGAGGAGAGUGAUGGAGCGAUAUGGUCGCCUCAAUGUGACUGUUCCACAAAGCUAGCAUCUCCUCUCUCUCUCUCUGAGUUUUGGGUAUUGGCCCCAGGUUUUCUUUCCCUCUCUUCCUUUUUUUAAGGUCUUUUUCUGUGGGGGUGGGGCUUUCUCUUCUCCUUUUUUUAUUCCUUUUUUGUUUCAUUUUUUUUCCUUUUUGAGGAGUUUGGGUUGGAUGUGGGGGUCGUGCUGAAAUUUACUCUCGCUUUUGGUCCUUUCCUUUGAAAGCAAAGGAUGAAAAAAUGACAUGCAAUGAAAUCUUUUGACUGGGGAGACUACUUAUGUGUUU